GUAAGCUUUACUGUUAAGAGCAUAAAUAUGUUAAGUGAUUUCAAUUUGAAUGUGGUAUAGUAACAUAAAUGAUAUUUUUUCCAGGAUGCUGGGCGGCGUGGGAGGGCGGCACGCGUCUGUGCGUCGUCGGGGCAGUUCUCCAGGAGUGCACGCGAGGUGUUCACCACCUGGCUCCCCGCGACCUCCCAGACGACGGCGGGCCGCGCUCGCUGUCUCCGAUCACAAGACAUGCGCCCUCAUACACACCCGGCUCAAGCUGGGAGAUAUUAUGUUGGCGGCAGCGCAGGAGGCGGCGGGCGCGCAGGCUCGCGCGGCGCCAGCUGAUACCAUGGGCGGCGCGCACCAGCCCGCUACUCCGGGGCCCAGUUCGCUCUUUAUAUUCUCCGACGAAAAUCCUAUACGGAGGUAUACAAAGUUUAUCAUCGAGUGGCCGCCCUUCGAGUACGCGGUGCUGCUUACCAUCAUCGCCAACUGCGUGGUGCUGGCGCUGGAGGAGCAUCUGCCUAACGGCGAUAAGACCAUCUUAGCACAGAAUCUGGAAAAGACCGAGGCGUACUUUUUAGGAAUAUUUUGUGUAGAAGCCUCGUUAAAAAUCUUAGCCUUAGGUUUUGUUUUACACAGGGGUUCUUAUCUUAGAAACGUUUGGAACAUAAUGGAUUUUUUCGUUGUAUUGACCGGUAUCAUCACGCAGCUGCCAAUCGCGCCCACCGAAGUCGACUUCCGGACCUUGCGUGCCAUUAGGGUGCUGAGGCCCCUUAAAUUAGUAUCGGGCGUUCCUAGUUUGCAAGUGGUGUUGAAGUCGAUUAUUAAGGCGAUGGCUCCGUUGCUGCAGAUCGGCCUUUUGGUGCUUUUUGCGAUCGUCAUUUUCGCUAUUAUAGGCCUCGAGUUUUAUUCCGGGGCGCUACAUAAGACUUGUUAUAAUUUAGAAGAUAUUACUGAAAUAGUUAACGAUGGUGAUAAUCCGACGCCGUGCAAUGCGGACAACGAAACGCUAGCACCGUACGGGGCGCAUGUGUGCACAUAUGAUAAGAGCACGUGCCUGGAAAAGUGGGAAGGGCCGAAUAGAGGGAUCACUUCGUUUGACAACAUCGGCUUUGCUAUGCUCACUGUCUUCCAGUGCAUCACUAUGGAGGGAUGGACGGCCAUUCUAUAUUGGACAAACGACGCGUUAGGUAGCACAUUUAACUGGAUUUACUUUGUGCCUCUCAUAGUAUUGGGUUCAUUCUUUAUGCUCAACUUGGUUCUCGGUGUUCUUAGCGGUGAGUUCGCUAAAGAAAGAGAGAAAGUAGAAAAUAGGCAAGAAUUCCUUAAAAUAAGAAGACAGCAGAUACUAGAGAGAGAACUCAAUGGUUAUGUAGAGUGGAUAUGUAAAGCUGAGGAAGUUAUAUUAGCUGAAGAAAGAACAACAGAGGAAGAGAGAAUGCAUAUAAUAGAAGCUCGAAGAAGAGCCGCAGCGAAGAAGAAAUUAAAAAACCUUGGGAAAAGUAAAAGCACGGAUACUGAAGAAGAAGAACAGGACGAGGAAUGCGGUGAUGAUGGUUUUUUGAAAAGUAAAACACGUUCGGCUGGAAAAUGCGCAGACUUCUGGAGAGCAGAAAAGAGGUUUCGUUUUUGGAUUAGGCAUACAGUGAAAACACAAUGGUUUUAUUGGUUCGUCAUCGUACUGGUGCUUUUCAAUACUAUAUGUGUAGCAGUUGAGCAUUACAGACAACCUAAGUGGCUUACUUCAUUUUUAUAUUAUGCCGAAUUUGUAUUCUUGGGUUUAUUCAUGAUGGAAAUGUGGGUGAAAAUGUAUGCCCUCGGGCCGCGAAUUUACUUCGAGUCCUCAUUUAACCGCUUCGACUGUGUCGUCAUAUCUGGCUCCAUAUUCGAAGUUGUGUGGUCAGAAGUAAAGGGUGGCUCUUUCGGUCUCUCGGUCCUCAGGGCCUUGAGAUUAUUGAGGAUAUUUAAGGUCACAAAAUAUUGGUCGUCGUUACGCAAUCUUGUGAUAUCUCUUCUUAAUUCAAUGAGAUCUAUUAUCUCAUUGCUAUUUCUUCUAUUCUUGUUCAUACUUAUCUUUGCUCUUCUCGGGAUGCAAUUAUUUGGUGGACAGUUUAAUUUCGAAGAAGGCACACCGCCAACAAACUUCAAUACGUUUCCAAUCGCGCUACUUACAGUCUUCCAGAUUUUAACAGGCGAGGAUUGGAAUGAAGUUAUGUACUAUGGCAUUCAAUCUCAGGGUGGCAUACAAAGGGGCAUGAUCUACUCGCUGUAUUUUGUGAUUCUUGUGUUGUUCGGAAACUACACAUUGCUAAACGUGUUUCUUGCCAUCGCCGUCGACAAUUUGGCUAACGCUCAGGAAUUAACAGCGGCUGAAGAAGAACAGGGGGAAGAAAAUAAGGAAGCUAGUAAAAAGAAAGAGGCAAAAAAAGAUGAAGAGGAGAUACCAGAUGGACCAAAACCAAUGCUGCCAUAUUCGUCCAUGUUUGUUUUGUCACCUACUAAUCCCAUUAGACGAGGCGCACACUGGAUUGUAAAUUUAAGAUAUUUUGAUUUUUUUAUUAUGGUAGUUAUUUGCAUGAGUUCCGUGGCUUUAGCGGCUGAAGACCCCGUAGUUGAAGAAAGUAACCGAAAUAAGGUGCUAAACUACUUCGACUACGCGUUCACUGGGGUCUUCACUGUGGAGAUGCUGCUGAAGAUUGUCGACCUCGGCAUCUUGUUCCACCCGGGCGCGUAUUUACGAGACCUGUGGAACAUCAUGGACGCCGCGGUCGUUAUAUGCGCCCUUGUUAGCUUCGGUUUUGAAAUCGGAGGUGUGAAGAAGGGCGCCGGGCAAAAUUUGUCCACAAUAAAGUCGUUACGAGUGUUAAGAGUGCUCAGACCUUUAAAAACUAUAAAACGUGUUCCAAAAUUAAAAGCAGUGUUUGACUGUGUUGUGAACUCGUUGAAAAAUGUCAUUAACAUUCUCAUUGUUGAUAUUAGUAAAAAUACUUUUGAAGACUGCCAAGGGUCGUUUUUCGUUUACGAAUCCAAUAGUCUAUUGCCGCAAGUAAGAAAGCGGCAGUGGACGACACAAUCCUUCCAUUACGAUAACGUGGCCUCCGCUAUGCUAACGCUGUUCGCGGUACAGACAGGAGAAGGCUGGCCACAGGUGUUGCAGAAUUCAAUGGCAGCAACGUACGAAGACAGGGGACCCAUACAAAAUUUUCGAAUAGAAAUGUCCAUCUUUUAUAUAGUUUACUUUGUGGUGUUCCCAUUUUUCUUUGUUAACAUAUUCGUAGCUCUGAUUAUUAUCACCUUUCAAGAGCAGGGCGAAGCUGAGUUGCAGGACGGUGAAAUUGAUAAAAAUCAGAAAUCGUGUAUAGACUUUACGAUAGAAGCACGACCUUUAGAGAGGUAUAUGCCAAGUAAGAGGGGGAGUCUUAAGUACAAAGUGUGGAGAAUAGUAGUCUCUACGCCAUUUGAGUAUUUCAUCAUGGCGCUUAUUGUGCUAAACACUUUGUUGCUCAUGAUGAAGUACUAUAAUCAAAAUGACCUCUACGCGGAUAUCCUCAAGUAUUCGAAUAUGGGGUUUACUGGAAUGUUUUCUGUGGAAACGGUGUUGAAAAUCAUCGCAUAUGGUGUCAAAUUUCACGAGGCUCCACCACUUCUCAUGGAUGUCUUAACGGUCAUGAACAUAGUCUUUACGUUCUUCUUUCUUCUCGAGACCGUUUUGAAGUUAAUUGCCUUCGGAUGUACGAAUUUUUUCAAAGACCCUUGGAACACGUUUGAUUUUAUAACGGUCAUUGGAAGUAUUAUUGACGCUCUCAUUAUGGAGUUUGGCGAAAACACAUUCAACGUUGGUUUCCUCCGCCUCUUUCGAGCCGCGCGACUGAUCAAGCUGCUUCGACAGGGCUACACUAUUCGAAUACUACUUUGGACGUUCGUGCAGAGUUUCAAAGCCUUACCCUACGUGUGCCUUCUCAUCGCAAUGCUGUUCUUUAUUUACGCUAUUAUUGGAAUGCAGGUGUUCGGAAACAUAGAAUUAGCAGCCGAUUCUGAUAUGAACAGGCAUAACAAUUUUCGGAGCUUCAUACAAGCGCUUAUGUUAUUAUUUAGGUGUGCAACAGGUGAAUCUUGGCCAAACAUUAUGUUGGCUUGUCUCAAGCCCGCAAAGUGUGACAGGGAAGCCGACAAACCACCAAAUGAAGCCUGCGGAAGCACACUGGCUUACGCAUAUUUCGUCUCUUUUAUUUUUUUUUGCUCGUUUCUUAUGUUGAAUUUGUUCGUAGCUGUCAUUAUGGACAAUUUUGACUAUUUGACAAGAGAUUCCUCCAUUUUAGGCGCACAUCACUUAGAUGAAUUCGUUCGAAUAUGGGCGGAAUACGAUCCAAACGCAACGGGAAAAAUACAUUAUACAGAAAUGUAUGACAUGUUAAAAAAUAUGGAUCCACCUCUGGGUUUCGGUAACAAAUGUCCAAAUAGACUGGCAUUUAAGAAGCUAAUAAGAAUGAACAUGCCGUUAGAUGAAGAGGGAAAAGUUAAUUUUACAACAACACUAUUCGCCUUAAUUCGGGAAAAUCUUAGCAUUAAAAUGAGAUCUGCCGAAGAAAUGGACCAAGCCGACGAAGAACUUAGGGAAACAAUAACUCACAUCUGGCCGCUUCAAGCUAAGAAGAUGUUAGACUUGCUGGUGCCUCGCAAAGAUGUUCUCAACGCUGGGAAAUUGACUGUCGGAAAAAUUUACGCAGGACUUCUUAUUUUAGAGAGCUGGAGAACGACUGGGUUUAAAAAACAGGGCGUUCCGGCAUUCAGCGAGAAUAGCCCUACGGCCAAUCAGCCGAAGGCGACCUUGUUUGACUGUCUGAUGGAUGCGGCGGCUGCGGCUCAUGGCCAUGGCUCUAGGACCGGGUCUUUGACCCAUGAGAUUCCAGUUAGCGGUACAGACGGCCAUCCGGAAGACCCACAUAUGUUGGCGAACCUCGCGAAACGCUCUACAAGAAAAUCGCUUAAGAACAACAAAAAGGUCUUGGAGUUGCAAGAUGUGGGAUCUCAUCAUGCGUCCGUAGAAUCACUAGAUGAAGCCAGGUUACAAGCUCCUCACGUUUAUCAGAAUGGACACGGAAGGUCAUCUAGUUUGAGACGAUCUCCGAGUCCAAGAAGACGCGGACACUACGGAGGGUACCAUCAUGAAAUCGGCUUCUCCGAUACAGUUAAUAAUGUCGUCGAGAUAGUAAAACACGAACAUCAUAGACAUGGUCGAACGCACAGAGCGGCACAUCACUAUCAUCCACAUGCAGGGAAGGAGUGGAGAGCGCCGUAUCCCACGACCAGCCUGAGCCAGCCCUCGCGAUCGCCCAGCCCGCCACAAAACACCUACGUUUGGUCAUCGAUAGGUGGUGAUCGUGAGCGCGAGCGCGAUCGAGAACGAGAAUGGCGAGAGUGGCGUGAAGGAGGCAGGCGAGGCCGAGGCCGGCAGCUGCCGCCGACGCCGACGAAGCCGUCCACGUUGCAUGUUAAACAACAGCCACCGUUCGCCAGAAUAAGCCACAGCCCCUCGCACUUAUCGUUGAGGCAUACGGCCAGAGAGCCUUUAGAGCCUCUUCACGACGAGUACGAGUACGGCCGAGAAGUUGAAAGACUGAUACACCGAGACUAUAGAUCUAGAGAAAGUCUCAAUGAAACCGGGCGUGAGUUCGGCAGGCGCGGAUGGGGUUAUGAAUCGGAGCGAGGCGGACGAUCGUAUGAGGCGCCGCUGAGCUACGAAGCGGCGCUGGCGCUGGGGCGGGGUGGAGGGGCGCGUGCCCUGCCGUCGCCCGGGCCGGCACCUCGGCUGCCUAACGGAUACAAGCCGCGAGUCCGGCACUCCGACUCGGACGAGGACGACUGGUGCUAGCGGCGCCGCCGCGCGCGCUCGCAGCGGGACGUGCGCGCGCCUGCGGCCCAGCCACCGCCGCACGCCCACACCGUCUGAGGCGCCGGGGCCCGGCAAGCUCCCGCGACCUCCCGUGUCCUCCCGCGUGUGUCUAGUCAAAGACGACUUUCGCCGCUCGCCGCCACGGACGCGCCGCCGCGAUCGGCCCUCCGCGGCAAGCGAGUGUCCGAAUUCUAGUAUUUACAAAGUUUUGGAAAAUUUAAUUUUUAAUUCGCUAAAAUUUUACUCCUUGAUUUAUAUUAAGGUUAAGGUAUUCGAGUUAUAAAACAGUGCCAGGCAACUCGUUGCGCUAAGAUUUUUACAUAAAAUGAAAUUAUUAGUCUGUAUUGUAAUGUAAACUUUCUAUAUUAAAUUUGCACUUAAUAAAGUCUACGUAUAUCGCCUGUUGAAACGAUAGAGGUAGAGGAAGCCGCCUGUCCGCGACCAGCUCCCCACCGGGUCGCGGACGGCCCGCGACCCGCGCGCGGUCGACAGCGCGAAGCAAUUCGGCUCCAGCCUCGCCGGCCUCGUUUCAUGUUCAAGUUAGACGUUGGGAGAUUUUAGCAUUUCAUCGUCGAACAAAUAAUUACUAGAAAUGUAUAAAUAUUUACAUAGCAAAUAAUUUUUACUUAGUUAAUAUAUACUAAAUAAUUAAUUAAAUUUUUUUAUUGAAUUUGCUGUCCUUCCCCCAAGUGCUUUAUAUCAAAGCUAUUUACAUUUAAAUACAAUUAUCUAAUAAAUAUGUAUUGUAUGUAAAAUUUGAAGAAAUAUCUCUGCAUAAUAUACUUAAAUUGUUAAAUCGUGUGUAGGCCAGUCAAUAGUUACCAUAGCGUUUUGUUACAUUUGGCGAUGAAGGUUGUCGAAAUACUUUUUAAGAGCGUACUGCCUGAAUUACUUGCAUUUCAUCUAUAGCGCCUGCGAUAUACGAUAUCUGGUAUUGUAAUUAAAUAUUUAAAAACACACGAAUCACUCACUUCACUAAACCAAAUGUGACAAGAUCAUGCAUUCUCUUGACUGGAUUAAUUUUAUUUAUAGAUUCUGUCGCCUGAUUAAUGAGAGCACUUUGUUUGUUUAGAUAAAAAUAAAAUGUCAAAUCGUUUUAAUCAUCCAUAGACCAAGUAAAUUUAAAACUGUUUGAAUUUUAAACAUUUUAAUAGAAUAUCCUCAUUUAAAUUUAAUAAUAUCAUCGAGUUAAUACGCAGAAUUAAAGUGAAAGUAUAGCUUAAUGUUAAAGUAUGUAUAAAAUAAUGUAUCAAUUCCUACUCCCAUAGUGUUCACUGUGAUUAAAAAUUUUUGUAUUUAAAAAUCCGUAAUAAAAAAUAAAAUAACGUAAUAUUAUUGUAUAGCUUAACACGAAGCUAGUUGAAAUGUUACAAACAUCUAUAUCUUAUAGCAAUAAACAGACAUAAAAGAACAUUGUGAAUGUGAUCUGCAUUGGUUUACAACUUUUAUUUUCUCAUUUCUUUGAAAUAAAUCAAUCAAGUAAAAAAAUAUUACGUAACAAACAAGUGGUAAACCAAUUCCGAUAAGCUAAGUUCGUCUAUUAAAAAACUGUAGCCUCAGAGCGAGUAUGCAUAGUCAUAUUAAAAAAAAAAUUAAAAAAUUGUCGGCAAUACUAUACUAUACUAUACACGAUAAGUUGUUGGUGAAGAAAAAUUAAACGGUGUUCACACAAACUAUGAAAACUCGUAUGGAGGUUACAGGUUCUUGGUGCAACAAACUCAUUGUCAUAAACUUGUAAGCUAAUAAGCCUUGAAUACAGAAUGCGAUACAAAAAUACGUUAAAACCUUUUGUGAAGGCACUAUUAUGUAAUUCUUACUGUGUACAAGAUAAUACAGUAAAAUAUAAUUCAAAUAUUCGAGGGUUAAGCCAUCCAUCAUUGUUGCGGGCAUGCUUAUAGGUGACGUACAAAACUUAAGUACGGCAAAAUUGUAAAUAGAUGAUUUUCUGUGAUAACAUUAUAAGAACGAUAUUUAUUAUAGAACUGUGUGAUUGCAUAGGAAAGUUGUUUUCACAGGGACACUGUGUUGAAAGAGUUUAAUUGCAAAUGUUUGGUUUAAGACAUCGAUUAUGAUAUAAUUUAAACUGUGUAGGUCCACGGAACUUUGCAUGUCUUGUAACUUAAUUCUUGAUGAAGCAUAAUAAUUUCGUCUAGCAGUGCUCGUUGUUACAAUUAAGUGAAGACAAUAUUGUGUUUUUUAAGCCCGAAUAUUUGCGCGUUCCAAGACGUUGUUUGCAUCUUAUUGAUAUAAUACCAAAGAUAAUGUAUUCUUGAAUACUCAUUUUGAUAUUGGUAUAGAGUUAAAUGUACAAAGUAUUUUUACCACUUGUUGUGCACAAUAGAAAAUUUAUUUAAAUAAUUUUUACAAGCAGUUCUUUUGUCUGUAAUAUCUCAUAAAUAAGUAUUGCUUUUCUCAAAUUAUUGUAUGUUAUAAAUGCAAAAGUGAAUGCAUUAUAUGUAGAUUAUACCAAAAGUUUUUAAUUUAGUUACAUUCUGUUCUAUAUAUUGUCCAUGUUAUAUUUUAUGGUAGAGAUUUUAGGACCAACUUAAAAUGUUCUGAUAAUUUUAAGAUUUUUAAAUCGUUAUCAUUGUUUUUAUUGUUAUUACGCAGAUUUUUUUUUUUUAAUCUUCGACAGAUUCUACGUUAGUUACACAUUGUUUUUAAGAAUGCAUAUUACUGUAAUAGUUAGUUAUUUUUAUUUACAUAUUAAAUGACAUGAUGUUAUAAUGAUAGUGCCGCUAUUAAGACGAUAUAAGAAAUACAUUUGAAUUGUUUUAUUUUUAAUAUUUACGCGACGAUGUUCGCAUUUUAUUAAUAUUAUAACUGUUAAACCUCGAUCUCAGAGUCUUAGGUAUCUUCUUUGUAGUUUUAUCAUUUAAAAAGAUUGAGCCGUAAUUUAAUAUUUAUAUUGUUAUUGUAUAGAUGUAUAAAUAUUACGUUUUAUCAUUUGUAUUUGGGGUGUUAGGAUACAAUAAGCCGAUGGACUUUCAAUGACCGAGGGGUAGAGCGCGGAGUGCCUGCGCGAGCUGCUUUUGUGUGAUCCUGCGUGAAUACGUCUCACAUUCGUGUAUAAGACGUGUAAAUAUUGUAAUAUAAAUUGCGACCGUUAUGUAGAGGUCGCAUGUGAAAAUGUCUAGUGAUAUAUACUAGUUAAUAUUAAUGUUAGCUAGGUAAUCUCGUCCCCAACUAUCCUCGAAUCUAAGUUGGGUGUUUCACUGCCUUAAAUAAUAACAAAUCGUUGUGUGUAAUAGUUAUCUCGACUACUACAUGUAAGGGCAUUACAAUAUUCUUAUAAGUUUUUUAUCAUUCGAUAAUUCGUCACUUCGGAUUCAUGUUACGUAGAAAAUCCAUGGUUAAUUUUACCAUAAAAAAAAGUUUUGCAGCUCUUAAAAUUAUUCUCACAGUCAUUCAUUUUCUCGUAACAUCAAUAACAUUCACUUAACCGUUGAAUUCGUUGAAUCGUUAUACUUGUAAAUUAUUAAUAAAUAAUUGUUUUAAAUCUUUUCGUUUUCGAGACAGCUAGAUGAGCUAGGUUACUUCAUAUUUAAUGUGUAGGCGUAUAGUUUGAUGAAUUCAUUUGCUAGAGACGCAUUUACAUAAGGGGAGGAGCUGAUACGAUUCGCUUCGGCUGAUUUAUCUGCUUAGUAUUGUAACGAUGUGAUAUAACGAGCUGAAAAAAUUGAUGGAAUAUUUCAUGUAGGUCAACUUCCGGGUAAAUAUAGUACGAUUGUAGCAUUGUUAGGCGAAAUAUUCCGUGUAAAAAUCACGAAGAUUAAAAUUUAAACGAUUUUCAAAGCGAAGCGAGUUAUCAGUUUCGUUGUGUGUAACGUCUGCCUUGUGUCAGUGUAAACGCUUUAACAAGAUCAUGUUUUGUAAAUGUAAAUCAAUCAUAGAAAGUUCAUCGGCGGUGAGAGAGCACCAUAGAAAUAUUUUUGUUUUUGGUAUGAGCCAAUUACAUUGCAAGAUAGUAAUCCUAUUGAUAUUGUACUAAUAAAGAACCAAAUUAAAAAUUAGUAUUUAAGUAAUUUAUUAUCCUAAAAACUAAAUACUAUACGCAUGUUUUCACUAUACCUACUGGUAAAUGGUUAUGUACAAUACGAAAGAGCUACUGUUUUAUAUAUGAAUUCUUGCUCGCCUGUGAAAUUUUGCAGAAUGAAUCAUAUUAUAAGAUUGUACAAUAUGAAUAAAUGCAAAAAAGACAUUUCCUCGAUUA